GAUGAGUUUCAGUCAGUCAAGGUAUUUACAACAACAUAUGACAACACAUGCAGACAAUAAACAUCAGUGCCAACUGUGUAAGCAGAGUUUCAGUCAAACAAGUUAUCUAAAGUGGGACACAAUUUUGAGACAUACGAGUAAUACUCCUUUUCAUUGUCAAAAAUGUCGGAAGAGUUUUUGUGUGUCAAGUAAACUAAUUCAGCAAGAUGUUCAACAUGACACCAAUAAAACAUUUGUGUUUCAACAUCCUGAAUGUCACUAUACACCUACCUCUAAAGUUCUAACAGUCAUUGUGUUGACUGAUCUAGCUGAUAACACAAGUAGAGAUGCCAGAUUCGACCCAAAGGAACAUUAGUUCAUUACAGUUUUAUUCAUCAAAACGGUCAUCUGAGGU